GGUUCCUGGGAGCUGAGGAGCUGGAGCCAGAACCCAAGGGAGCCAAGCUGGGCUGCCGGGGGCUGCUGCAGACAUGGAGGGCCAGAGCAGGAGUGGUAGUGCCAGGCCCGGGACCAGGACUGGACUAGGACCCUUGCCUGGGACCCAUGGGGCUUUGCAAGCUGGGACACCCUCGAAGAAGGUAAACUCAACUUUUCAGCUUCCAGCAAAGAACACGGGCCCAGCACCCUCAGAACCAAGGUUGGCCCUGGCACCUGUGGGACCACGAGCAGCUGUGUCACCUUCUUCAGAGAGGCCGAGACUGGCUUUGUCAUCUCCCCGACCCAUCCUAGCUCCACUCUCCACCGCUGGAGAACAGAAAAGACCUCCACCCCAUCGCAGCCCCAACCCAGCUCCCACGUCUGUGGGCCAACUGGUAGUAUCCACCGCUGCAGGACCAAAGCCUCCACCAGUCGCCUCAGUCUCAAUCCUGGCUCCAAAGUCUCUGGGGCAGCUAGUAAUAUCUGCCUCUGCUAUGCCAAGGCCGACUCCAGCUCCCCUGGGGCCCGUCCUAUCUCCAACUUCCAGAGAUCAGAAGCAGUUAUCACCCACCACUGUGGGCUCCAAGCCGGCAUUGGCAACCUCGGGCCUAAGCCUGGCACUAGCCUCUCAGGAGCAGCCCCCCCUGUCCCCCUCCAGUCCUUCCCCAGUGCCCAGUCCUGUUCUGUCACCCUCUCAGGAGGCUCACCUGGCUCCAGCAUCUGUGACAACUACCCCAGCUUCUGAGAGACAGUUGCCCGCUGAGAGACAGAAAGAUACCGUAGUUCCCAGGCCCAUUCCUCCUGCAGAGGGGUGUCUCCACACUCCAGCGCAGGCAGCUGGUCCUGCCACCUCUCCACCAAGGGUCCAAGCUGCCUCAGAUCCUCGGCUCUCCCCCUCCUUCCGCGCAAGACCAGAGGCUCCACGCCACAGCCCGGAGGAUCCGGUCUUGCCACCACCACCGCAGACCCUGCCCUUGGAUGUGAGCCCAGGUCCCCCAGAGUCUGGCACCCGCUCCCCUGGACUUCUGUCCCCUACCUUUCGGCCAGGAAUCCCUUCAAGCCAGACUGUGCCACCACCUCUGCCCAAGCCACCUCGGUCUCCCAGCCGCUCCCCAAGUCGUUCUCCCAACCGCUCCCCCUGUGCGCCCCCAGCCCCUGAGGUGGCACUCCCAAGACCUGUCACCCAAGCUGCAGGGCCUGGCAGGUGCCCAAGCCCUAACCUACAGGCACAAGAAAGCCCAGCAGCGGCCACCACCACCUCCCCAACGUCUUCCUGGUCAGCUCAGCCUACCUGCAAGAGCGACCCCGGAUUCCGGAUCACUGUGGUUACAUGGAAUGUAGGGACCGCCAUGCCCCCUGACGAUGUCACAUCUCUUCUUCACCUGAGCGGUGGCCACGACGGUGAUGGUGCAGAUAUGAUUGCCAUAGGAUUGCAAGAAGUCAAUUCCAUGAUCAACAAACGGCUCAAGGAUGCUCUCUUUACCGACCAGUGGAGCGAGCUCUUCAUGGACGCCCUGGGGCCUUUCAACUUCGUGCUGGUGAGCACCGUGAGAAUGCAGGGUGUCAUCCUGCUGCUCUUUGCCAAGUACUACCACCUACCCUUCCUACGGGACGUGCAGACGGACUGUACUCGGACUGGCCUGGGUGGCUACUGGGGUAACAAGGGCGGAGUAAGUGUGCGCUUAGCAGCCUUUGGGCACAUGCUGUGCUUCCUAAACUGCCACUUGCCCGCACACAUGGACAAGGCGGAACAGCGCAAGGAUAACUUUCAAACUAUCCUUAGCCUCCAGCAAUUCCAGGGACCUGGUGCACACGGCAUCCUGGAUCAUGACCUUGUAUUCUGGUUUGGGGACCUGAACUUCCGAAUUGAGAGCUACGACCUACACUUUGUCAAGUUCGCCAUAGAUAGCAACCAACUCCAUCAGCUCUGGGAGAAGGACCAGCUCAACAUGGCCAAGAACACUUGGCCCAUCUUGAAAGGUUUCCAGGAAGGGCCCCUUAACUUUGCUCCCACCUUCAAGUUUGAUGUGGGUACCAACAAAUAUGAUACCAGUGCCAAGAAGAGGAAGCCAGCCUGGACAGAUCGCAUUCUGUGGAAGGUCAAGGCUCCAAGUGGAGGUCCCAGCCCCUCAGGACGAGAGAGUCACAGGCUCCAGGUGACCCAGCACAGCUACCGCAGUCACAUGGAAUACACUGUCAGUGACCACAAACCUGUUGCUGCCCAGUUCAUUCUGCAGUUUGCCUUCAGGGAUGAUGUACCUCUGGUGCGUCUGGAGGUAGCAGACGAAUGGGCGCGGCCGGACCAGGCUGUGGUGAGGUACCGCGUGGAAACAGUAUUUGCCCGCAGCUCCUGGGACUGGAUCGGCUUGUAUCGGGUGGGUUUCCGUCACUGUAAGGAUUAUGUGGCUUACAUCUGGGCCAAGCACGAAGAAGUGGAUGGGAAUAUCUACCAGGUGACCUUCAGUGAGGAGUCAUUACCCAAGGGCCACGGAGACUUCAUCCUGGGCUACUAUAGCCACCACCACAGCAUCCUCAUUGGCGUCACAGAACCCUUUCAGAUCUCGCUGCCUACCUCAGAAUCAGCCAGCAGCAGCACAGACAGCUCAGGCACCAGCUCGGAGGGGGAGGAUGACAGUACUCUGGAGCUACUGGCACCCAAGUCCCGCAGCCCCAGCCCUGGCAAAUCCAAGAGACACCGUAGUCGCAGCCCGGGCCUAGCCCGCUUCCCCAGUCUCGCUCUCCGCCCCUCAUCCCGUGAACGCCGUGGUGGCAGCCGUAGUCCCUCACCCCAGAGCCGACAGCUGCCUCGGGUAGCCCCUGACAGGGGUCACAGUAGUGGCAGCCGAGGGAGCAGUGAGGAAGGGCCCUCUGGGCUGCCUGGACCCUGGGCCUUCCCACCCACUGUGCCUCGAAGCCUGGGCCUGCUUCCAGCCUUGCGCCUGGAGACUGUAGACCCUGGUGGUGGAGGCUCCUGGGGAGCUGACCAGGAGGCCCCGGACCCUAAUAGCCUGUCCCCCAGCCCCCAGGGCCAACGGGGACUGGAAGAAGGGGGUUUGGGGCCCUGAUUUGGGAGGCAGAUGGGCCUGGACAGUCUCAUUCUGCCUUGCCUAACUUCCACAAACCUGCCUGCCUCUCUCUUACUGCUGCUCCAGCCGUUAACCACAUCUGCCACUCUGUCUUGGCCAGGAGUGGCCUACUGGGGGGGUCCCCAAACUCAGUCCUGGCACCACCUCAACUGUGACAAUCAGCAAAGCCUCGCCUGGACCUUCAUCUGGGAUGAUGGGGGAAGGGGGGAACGGAUAGAUGGUCCAAUCUUGGAGGUCAUCCAUUAGGAAUUAAAUUCUCCAGCUUCA